AUGUUGGAAGAGUGCCACCAAUGGGUUCAAUUGUUCUUGAAGGAUUUCGGCCCUGACGACAUAUUUUUCGACGCCGAACUCGAGUAUAGCGAUGGAAGUUUGAAAUGGGACAAACAUGGAACUAUUCAACACUAUAACCAGCUCAUUGCCCAUCGGUCCUUGAAUAUUUAUUCAGAUCCAUGGCCAUUUCAUGCGUGGCAAGGACCUCUUGGAGACUGUUGGCUGAUUGCUCCGUUGAUGACUAUAGCUAGAAAACGGGAUUUGCUAGAACAGAUAAUCCCAGAGAAUGAUUUCUCGGUGAAACAUGGAUUGUUUCUGGUUAGAUUAUUCUUCAAUGGAGAAUGGAAUAUUGUUGUUGUCGACGGUCAUUUUCCUCUUGAUGCAUCAGGCGGUUAUGAGUUUGCAAGGGUAGUGUGUAGUACAGAGUUAUGGCCGUGCCUGAUUGAAAAAGCGGUGGCGAAAAUGUUGGGUGGUUAUCAUAAUUUGAUGGGAGGACCUCUGUUCUCUUCGUUUCAAUAUUUGACAGGUGCCAGUUGUCUAAAGAUCAAUCUAAACAAUGAGACCAGUCUCGACAUGUUGUGGGAAAAAUUGCAUGAACUACUAUCUCUUGGCUACCUAAUCUCAAUAUCUACUUUGCAUAAAUUCAAAAACGGAGCGGCCACUCAAAAUGGUCUAGGACGGUGUCAUAGUUACUCCCUACUCGAUAUAUGUGUACAUGAGGGUCAUCGAUUGGUUUUAAUAGGCGGUACGAAUAUCCUGAAGUGGAAUGGGAAAUGGUCAGAGUUGCCUCCUUAUACCGAUGAGGUGACUGAAAAAUGGAGUGAAAAAAGGAGAAAAAUAGUGAAUGACCGGUUCUCCUGGAUGGAAAUUGAUGAUUUGUAUGAGUCGUUUGAUAGAAUGAUUGUCUGUAAGUAUCGAGAAGGUUGGCAUGAGCUGAGGACCGGAAAAGGGAUAUUUCAAUUGGGGCAAGACGGACAACCGGAGAAAAUCCUUCGCAUCCAUAUCAAAAAGCAAUGCAAAUUGAUUAUAGAACUUGUAAAUCAACUUGACCCAAAAUUCUGGAAAUAUGUAAAUAAAGUGGUCGGUGUCAUCAAUAUCCACAGAACGACCAGUGACAACCAGAUAGGAGAUCUUAUAGUGUCGAGCACGGUUGGAUUGUACUGGGCUGCAUUUAGAUCGCACUAUCGAUCCGUGGAGAGUGACGAAUUCGAGAUUGAGCCGGGAGUGUAUUUUGUGGUAUACAAUGUUAUGUCUUCACUGUAUCCACUGGAGUAUAGCUGGGUGAUUCGAAGCCCCACCCCCUUGGAUCACAUCUCCUAUGACUUUGUCAUGUUUGAGUAUGACAUGGCUUCACACCAAUCUCUUCUGACAAUGAUGGAACGGCUAGGACAGCAGUCUAUGACGGAAAUUCGUGAGGGGUUAUUUGCUCAAGAAUACGCGAGGGACAACUUUCUCACCUUAAUGCUAGAAAACCAUACGGAUAAACCAAUCGAUAUUAUUGUCAUUGCGAGAACCAAUAUGGAACGUGUCCAAUCACUUGGAGUGAUUACGGAACAACAUUGGAAUACAUGCUUAAUAACUAAUCCAAUCGAUUUGUAUAAAACAAUUCCAUCAAGAUCCAAGUUUAUUUUUGGAAAUAUAUGGACUAUUCCUGGACCGAUUGAAUUGAAAAACGAGGUUAUGGAAUCUGAAAUUAGUUGCAAAUACUGGAUUAGGAUUCUGGAGGAAGAGAUCGAGAAUGGAAGAGCCAUAAGAUAUGAGAAAGUGCCUGGAAUUUACAAAGCGGUUCCGAUUAGAUGA